CAGAGAGUAAGAGUGUGCAAGGAGGAGCCUGCAGCUAGAGUCUCUUGUAUCUGACUCCCACCCACCCCAGCACGCAAUACUCCAAGAGGCUGGAUCAAAGCCGCUACAUGCUGAGAUAGGAGGUUCGGGCCAUGACUCGUGACGAAGUGGAACGUGUCUGGCGAGAGCGACUGCACCGCUGUCAGAGGCAGCUGAAAGCCAAAGAGGAUGAGAUGGGUCGCCAGUCCCAAUACUUUGACAACUUUAAACAUCAAUUCCACCACAAGCUCAGCCUGGCGAGGAACAGAGAGGAGAGCCUGCAGAAGCGCAUCUACACUUUAGAAAAGCAGCUACUGGACAUGACUGUGAGUGCGGCGACUGAUGUCGCAGUAUUGAGUGCAGUCCGAAUUGCGCCCAGGAUCAAAACACACUGGGAGGAGCAUGGGAGGCUGCCUGGUGCUAGAGAAGAGGGUGAAGGUGAAGAAGAGAAAAUUGAAGGCAAGAGGAGGAAAUGGCUGCCAAAUAAUGGAGGAGAGAAAGACGGAAGGCAGGAGGGGGACAAAGGACCAACUGAAAACAAAAGGAGCACAGAAGACGACAACCAAAAUUCAAAUGAAGUCAGGUUACAAGGUUUAAUCGUGACCCUGCAGGAGGAUCUCAGGGUGCUGCUGGAAAGAGAGGAAAGUGGGGUGACAGAACAUAGUCGGCUGAUAGAGCAGCUCCAAGAGGCCCAGGAGAACAGCCUUUUCCUGUGCUGCAAGGUGGAGGAAAUGAAGGUGGAGCUACAACAGCUGAAUUUGUCUGAGAGUGCCCUGGCUAAGGAUGUAGAAGAGCUAAGAGUGGAAAACAGUAGACUCCAACAUGACCUGAAAGAUUUGACUAAAAAAACUUCCAGUCAGUCAUCUGCAAUCUCAGUGGAUGUUUGCGCUGUUGCCUCUAACGCUGAUACAAGUGUACAUCAUGCAGAAGGAAGCUCUGAAAAGGUAUUUCAUAAGCAAGAUGCAAUUGCAGCUGUAUGCCAGCAGGCUGCAGCAGGGAGCUCCAAUAGUGCCACCCAAGCUCCCAUCUUUACUGCCAAACAUGGAGCUCUGCAUUUAUCUAAAAAUGACUCUCCAAGCAUUUUUCCUCGUCUCAGUCUCCAAACCCUCUCCUUGGCCUCAGAGACAAUAGAAGAGUGGGGCUCUGCGGGGAGCUUCAAUGUGGAGGACACAUACAGCAAAGAACGUGAAGCCCUGAGGGAAGCUUACAGGAGCUCGGGUUUGGGUGAGGACCUUGAGUGUCUCGGAGAGCAAUGUGAACACCUGGAGGCUGCCCUUCAGCACUCAAAGCAUCAGCUGCAGGUGAUGGCUCAGGAGAAUGCCCAGCUAAAAGUACAACUCGGGAACCAAGGAGCAGAGAAGCAAGAGUCUUUUUUUCAUAUGUUUAGCGCAACAUCAACCAGUCAUGGAGCUGAUGCUUGCCAAUUACCUCCUGCCCAAGAUGACGUCACCACCCACGAUGGCCUACUCCAGGCCCUAAAUCAGGAGAAGCGAGCUUUGGCUUUCCGCAUUGAGGAGCUGAUGGCUCACAUUGAGCUCAAUGAGGAAGAAAUGAAGAGCGAACGAUCUCAGCUGAGGAAGAAUAUUUUGUGUAUGGAGGAAGACAAAGCCAAGCUGGAACAGGAGAAGCAAGAUCAAGGUUGUCUUAUCACAGAACUCACUAGAAAGACUGAAGAUGAUCAUACUACAAUCAUGGAGCUGCAGCAAAGGUUAGAUGAGCGUGUAGAUUGUAAUGAACAAAAGAACAUGGCGUGUGGAUCUCUGCUUCAAACCGAGAAAGCAACUCGAAUAUCAGGAAGGUGUCAAGGGAACAGCCCAGAUAAAUAUUUGGAUAGUUUAAUAGAGAGUGUAGUAACAGAGGAAGGAGGAGUACACCUGGUAUCAAGUCAACCACCAGAAAACAAUCGUACAUAUUUAAAGCCUCUUUGCAAUUCCCCAAGACAUCGCCUUGUGAAGUCACAUAGUGAUCAAGUGGAGCAGGUCACCAACUCCAUUCAGAACCUGAAAGCUGAGCAAGAGCAGUUGUAUAGCUGUGUACUGCCCCUCAGAAAGGAAGAAAGGGAAGUCUCUCUGUCGGUCCAAACUCAGACUGAGGAGAAACAGCACUUAACUCGGAUAAUUUGGGCACUCAAAGAGGAGAAGGACGGGAUCUCUCGAUCUCUGGAUGGUCUUAAGCAGGAGAGGGAGCAAAUAAUCAGGGUGGUCAGUGGACUGAAAGAUGUACAAGUUCGUCUUUCAAAGUCUGUGAGUGGUCUGAAAGAAAAGAAAGAGAAGUUCACCGAGUGUUUUCCAGCCCUUGAAAGAGAAAAACAGAAACUGUUAGAGUCACUCUCAAGUGGAAAAGAGGAGGUCAAACAAAUUGCACAGACAGUGCAACAUUUGGAGAGAGAGAAGGACCAGUUAAGUCAGACAGUGUUGAGUUUGAAACUAACAGAUUCUCUCCAAGAGUCAACAGAUAAGAAGCAACCAUGCCGUCAUUUACAAGGAGACUGUGAGCGCCUGCUAAAGGCCAUCAACAGUUUGAGGGAUGAAAAAGGAAGAAUAGAACGUUCAAUCAAACAUUUGAAAGAAGAGGAAGCACAGAUAAUAGCAUUGCUUCAGUCUCAAAGAGAACAAAUGUGUGACCAACAUAAUGAUCCUCACAGUCAAACACAAGAGAGCGCAUCUAAUGGUUGGAUGUCAGAAAAUAGGAAGACUAAAGACAAAAACAAGAACACUAAGACAACAAUCUUAAUUGCAAACUCCAAACAGGAACUGAGUGAUCUGGGGAGGGAGAUUGAAGUUGCGAGAAGAGAACUGAACAAGUCACAAGAAGAACCGGACAAAACAUAUGCAGGGACCGCAGAGCUACACGUGCAGCUGAGUCAGUCAGAAGCCGGGAGGCAAAAUGCAGAAAGAAAAGCAACCCAAGCAGCACUCCAGAAAACGAGGAGGCAGACUGAUAUGGAUGUAGUUCCUUUAAAGGCCAAGCUUUCCUGCCUGGUGCUGAAGUGUCAAGAGAGAAACAGCUUAUUGGCACAGAUGACACAAGUCUUGCGCGGGCACAUAGAUGUAGAUUCUACACUGACACAGCGGGCUGAUGAGCUGCUCAGAGACGCGGCGCUGCUCGAGUACACUGCUGCAUUCACACCGGGAAGCUUUGCAAAGAGUCAGGACUGCAGCCUCACGUCGGGAAGUGGACACACGCGGAAUGAUUCCUACAAAGAAUCUAGAGAAGGCAGAGAACAAAUGACAACUAAACACCCUUUUUUUGAAGAGUCAACAACAAAUGACCCUGAAUGCAAUUGUGAUGUCACAUGUUCGCCAACUGUAAGAAGGAAGCAAAAUGCCAACUCACCUGUGCAAAUUGUGCAAGAGGACAAACAGGUGCCACCAUCAUCAGAACCUGUGAAAGAAGUUCCCAGUGCCGAACAAACCGUUCUGCCUCCCCUUGCCACUGAACCCCUCCAAAGAUUUCUAGAUACAAGACCCGAGUCCUGCCCGGGUCCAUCCAAUGUGUGCGAAUUAAGCAGGUCCAACCUGAGUCCUGUGCCUGCAAUCUCGGUUGGUCGUGUCGGUGGUAGCAGCAGGCUGAACAGUCCUGAGAUCAUCACCAACCUUCAGGAGCACUUACAGCAGACUCUGCUGAGGAGCUGUAAGGCUGUGGUCGGCAGAGGAAGAGGAGAGCAGUCCAGAAGAAUGUCAUUCUCAGCCCCUGCAUCCCCGAGCCUGUCUUCUCAGAAAAAGCUUCAAGGUCUCGGUGUCAUUGCUCCACCUAGUGGCCCUCUCUGCUCUCUCUCAACCACUCCCAAGCACUCCACACCAGUGACAACCACAUCUGUUAUUAGAAAUCAGCCAAUAACACUUUUUAAUGCAGUCACAGCGAGAAGCGCUAAGAUGUCAUUCGCACCUCAUUUGAUGGCAAACCGUCAUUUUAAACCGACCAUGUCCACCACAAGCUCUGCUACUAACUCACUGAUUAACACUGCUGCCUCAAGCAAAACCAACUCGACCUCAAGCAGUGACUCCAAUGUACUAACCUCCCUAAAAUUGAAAAGACUCAUUUCUCCUGACAUGGCUGGUGCAGAACAUUCCGCUUCCGCUCCUUUAAUGACCUCUAAAACUACUGACUCCAAUGUCUUCAUGUGUUCUGACACAAAUCUAAAAAGCACUGCCUCAUACACAACUGCUCUGAGUAAAGCGACUGCCCACAAAGCUGAUGUCUUCAGCACGAUGAUGAAACCUAAUGGUGCUGCUCCUUAUGCAUGCGACGACCUAGAAUUCACUAUGCCCAAGUCACAUUCUGCUCAGCGCUCUGCUGAGGGAUCAUCAAAUCAGGCCCAGAUUGCUCCAGAGAAAAUGAGACCUUCAAGGCCCAAGCCAGAUGCUCCAGCAGAGGUGCACACUGUGGAGGUCGUCAAACAAGUGGGUAAGAGCAGCCUCCUGAUUGGCUGGGAGAGGCCUCCUCUGGACGAGUUGGGUUGCAGUCAUGGUACCUUUGUGUAUGGCUACAGGGUGUUUUUGGGUGGGGCAUUCUACAAGUCUGUGAUGAGCUCAGCAUGCACCAAGUGUGUCCUGGAAAACGUGAACCUGACUUACCCAGUUGAGAUUGGCGUCCAAACACUGGGCUCCAAUGGGCUGAGUUCAAACAGGGUCACCACUGUGUACAUGCCUCAAGUUGGGGAAGGUCUCCUCUGAAUCACACUGUCUUGGUUACAUCACCCCUCUAACGGAGCCUUAUAAGGGAAAUUAUGUCAUUACAAUGGACCAGCUCAGGUCAAUUCAAAAAUAACAUUGUCACAAGGUCUUGACUUGUUGCUGGACAGUGGACCUCAAAGUGAUCAACUGAAAACAAAAAACAAAAGUUGUAGGAUUCCUGACGACGGGUUGCAUAAACACAGGUGGAAAUUACAUUUCAGCUCAUUUUAACGGAAGGUCUUUUUUGCACAUGUUUUGGAUUUAACUUGUUUUACAGCCACUCAGUUAAAUCCUCGCAAAUUGCCUAAAGCCACGACCAUGAUUGACUAAGACCUAUGGCCGCACAUUUGCACUGUGGUCAACACAGACUGAAAUCGUGUUUCUUACUAAUUCACUGAAGACCUCUGCUGCUGCUGCCUCCAGAUGCUGUGACGCUCAAACUUUUUUUUUCGACAAAAACUGCAUCAUUUGCCGAUGCUCGCGCCGACCUGAGGCUCUCACCUUCAUUUUUGCACAAGCCAAAUAUGAGUAAGGACAUUGAAAUCUAAAGUAUUUUCUGACAGACAUCAAACACAGGAUCUAUUUCAUUUUUUUCAGUAUUUUGCACACAAUCCUGUAUAAAAGAUGAAUUAGAUGUCACCUUUGCCUGCUCCUUCUUUGUUUUCUAGAAUUCACGUGUGUUUUUGCCAUUUCUAUACGGGUGUAAAGUGACCACGGUGCAGCAUAUGUAUUUUUCUAUCACGAUAUAAUUGUUUAGCCAUUGACACCUCGCAGCCGUAAAGAGAAUAAAUGUCUAUAUGUCACUGAAGGAUGUGUAACUUGAUACAAAGGCUCUAAACUAAAGAGUUUCAACACCACUAAUUUAAGGGAUUAGUCAUAGUUAAGGCGGCAUGGUGGGUGACUGGUUAGCACAUCUGCCUCACAGUUCUGAGGACCUCAAAUCAAAUCCGGCCUCGCCUGUGUGGAGUUUGCAUGCUCUCCCCGUGCUUGCGUGGUUUUUCUCCGGGUACUCCGUUUUCCUCCCACAUUCCAAAACAUGCAUGGUAGGUUAGUUGAAGACUCUAAAUUGUCCGUAGGUGUGAAUGUGAGUGUGAAUGGUUGUUUCUCUAUGUGUGCCUUGUGAUUGGCUUGCAACCAAUUUAGGGUGUACCCCGCCUCUCACCCAGACUCAGCUGGGAUAGGCUCCGGCACGGCCGCGACCCGAGUGAGGAUAAGUGGUAUGGAAAAUGGAUGGAUGGAUAGUCACGGUUAUUCUGCAUUUACAGGAGAGAACACUGGAUUGCAGCCCUGCAUACUGUGUGUGUAGCACAGUAAAUGGUGUAUUGAUGCUGAUUUAUAAAGAAAAGCUGUUCUCUCUGUAUUCAGUGCAAAGCAGCUCCAACAGCUCUGAAACUGAACAGAACUGAGGGAAAAAAAUUGCAGGGGCAAUAUCUGCUUAUGAAUCACCAGCUGCGCAAGACAAUUUUGGUGUGGUCAAUGCAGAGGUUCAGUGAAGUCUACUCUGUCAAUUGGGUGAGUGAAACAAUAACACGUCUAUGCUAACAUUGAGACAGCUAACAAGGUAAACGGUCAAUUGCACUUUUGCACUGAUAGCUUUUAGCGUUGAUUUUAGUCUUCAAACCAACGUAAGAGCCGAUGACAGAAAAAAAAAGCUUAACAUUAACCUAAAACUUCACCGUAGCAUCACUAUGAAUACUGCGGUCAAGCAAGUCUCCACUCGUGAAGAAGUCAAGUCAGCCGCCCCUAAUUUUGUUCUACCAGGCAUUACGGUACUAAGUCGCCAACUAGCGGCGAAAGCCACCUACAAAAUAAAAGCCUACCAAUAACACUGGAGAACACAAUUUUUGUUGAGUUAGGUCUGACAGCUGUUUUUAACAAAUUUUUGGGUGCGGAAUCCAAAACUGAUCUCAGUUUUUCUGUAUCAUGUCAAGUUUUUGAAUUAUAGUCUCUCUGUUUUCUUUUUAAAAAUAUGAAAAAUGUAUCUAUGUAAAUAAAACACUAACAUGGAA